AUGAACUCUAAUUAUAACUAUACAGAGACGGUGGCGUAUCAUAGCGUUUCAGAAGACUCCCCUGCCAGAACCGCCUCUGACCACAAUCCAAACUCGGUGUCCUCAUUUGAGUCACAGCUAGGCUUUUCCCCUGACGGAUAUAUAAACUCCAUUAAUGACGAGAUCUACGCUGCACAAUUAAAUCCAAUCUUAGGUGAAACCCGCGUGAAUAACUUUGACGUGGGAUCCUCGAAUGGAGUGAUGGAAUCUGCGAUGAGUCCCUCGAAGCAAACUGUGGAUGCUGUCGAGAUGGCAGGUUCGAGCCAUGAAGUGGAGAAUGCUGUGGCUCAGUCUGUUCGCAAAAGCAAAAGAGCGUGCGAUUCGUGCAGUAUCAGGAAGGUAAAGUGUGACUUAAAAGUACCAUGCAGUCGAUGUGUAACUCAUGGAUUGGAGUGUACAAAUAUCAGGGUAAAGAAAAAGUGUGGCCCGAAAAAGAUUCACGACAAGACAAGAGAUGCAAUUAAGAAGUUGGCUAUAACUAGUGCUUUGGAAAGCAAUCUGUUUGUUCCCAUAAUUGGCAUGGAUAAGCUUUUAUCUUGCCUCAAUGUUUACCAGGUGUGGUACUAUGGAAUUUGGCCUGUUAUAUCAGUCGCGGAAUUGAUUUCACGAGCAGUUGAACCACCUGCAUAUGCCUUGAGUUGUGCUGUGUGUGCAACAAUUGCGAGCCAGGUGAGGUUCAUGACCAAUCAAAAGCUUGUCCCCAAGAGCAUACUUGACAUUGAUUUUGCAUCAGAAGCAAUUCGAGUCAAGAAAACAGAACCGACACUAGAGAGUAUUUUGACAUCGUUCUUUCUCCAUAUCGCAUUAGCUAACGCAGGGGCUGGUCCUACUGCUUUAUGUUAUUUGAGGGAGGCAAUAACACUCGCACAAAUCCUCGGUCUUGAUAGGGUGGAUACAUAUUCAAGAUCACCAGCCGAAACCCAUCGAAUGAGAAAGAUCUACUACCUCUUGGUGGUCACUGAACGAUUUGUAUGUUUAGAGCAAUCUUUGCCGGUGAUCCUUGAACCAACGGUGCCGUUUCCUUCACUUGAUGAUGAAGAAUACUCAAUUUUGAUAGGUGGGUUUAGAGAAUUGGUCAAGAUAUUUGCAAUUCCAAACAAGUCUAUUUUUGAUCAAUUUAGAGCGAUCAAAAAUGAUGCACACUCAUUACGUUUGAUCUCGACCGUGCAGAAUCAGUUACAGCAAAUUACUAUACUAGAUGCAGCACCGGAUAUUCAAAAGGCGAAUAUAUUAUUGAGCAAGUAUUGGAUGAUGACCUUAACAUGGGACGUUGCCAUUGCAAACAACAUGAUUAACAAUCUGGAGUUUUGCUUGACUAAUGAGUUCCCGAUAGCAAUUGCUAAAGAAUUUUGCGAAAGAACUGUUGGGUUGCCCCUUGUUUCAUAUGAGUUCAAUGGGCCUGGUGUUUGCCUCAAGCUAGAGGUCAUUGCAAAAGCUUUAAUGAAGGCUGUCAAUAUAACAAGAGAUUCGAGGGGUUAUGAGUAUGUGCGGCGCAUCUUUGAAUUGUUAACGUUAUUGAGAAAUGAAGUACGGCUCGCAAUGGACCAAUUUCAUAUGCUUGAAGCUACAUUGACUGAGAUGGAAGCGAUGUUGAGAUUCAAAGGAGCAAAAGUUGGGUACAUAACGAAUAUUGAUACGUUCGAUGGUGUUAUCGGUCUGAAUGUAUACGAAAAUUGA